ACUAGUGAGUUGCUUACUAAUAGGGGUUGAAGAUUAGCACACCAAGGACUUGGCAGAAAGUAGUUAAACCCUAUUGUUACAGAAGCAAGAGGGUGUGCAUGGGGCAGACGUGUCCAAUUUUAGACACAAACUUCUAACCUAAAUUCCAUUCCUCCUUCUGAUAGAUGCUAUUUUGAUGGGGUUAGUUUUGCAAAACUCUUUGAACAGGUUAACCAUCCCAUUUCAAUGACAAGAUCUGGAGACUAAGCAUUGGCACCUCGGACUUCGGUUAUCCCAGAAACCCAACAGGCACAUCUCCGUUGAAGUAGGUGGUUGCAAAAAUCAAAGGAGAAAAGACGCGCUAAAGCGUCACGUUGUUGUCACCCCCAGGUACCGCGUUGCUGUGCUCCGGGCCGGCCAGGUGUACUCCCCUUGGCGUCCUCUCCCACGUAGGACCGGCCACGCCGGGAAAGGCUGAUGCGCAGAGCCUGGGAAGGAGGCAGGAAGGUCACCCCCAUCCCCGGGCCGGGCGGGAGCGGCAGAGCCUCACUUCCCGGGAACGUUCGGGUGGGGCGUCCCCAGGGCACUGGGUUGGGAGGCGACACUCCCCCGGCUCCGCUCCGCCGCCCCUCCGAGGCCAUCAGUCCUCCCGGCCUGGAGGCGCCGCCGGAGCCCAAGCACCGCCUCCGGAGAGGGCUUGUGUUCACUUGAACGACUCAUGCAGAAUUGCUUCAUCGCGUGAAGGACCUCGCUGUUUGAUUUCCCUCCUACUGCUUUUCCUUUACAUCACACACCGAGAAAGUCAUGAGCAAAAAUCGUCACUCUCUGAGGGUUGAAACUACCAUGAUUCACAAAGACAAGAAGUAAGUUUCCUGUCAUCACAAGAUGACUCAGCUCCUUCUGCUGUGUACUCUGACCGGCAUUUCUUGGGGGUGGCCCCAUUCCCAGGAUGGAUCAUGAAGCUGCCCAGCUGGAAAAGCAGCACGUACAUGAUGUGUAUGAGGGCACCGCACCUUACUUCAGUGACCUGCAGAGCAAAGCCUGGCCUCGCGUCCGCCAGUUCCUCCAGGAGCAGAAGCCGGGCAGCCUCAUCGCUGACAUAGGCUGUGGGACUGGAAAGUAUCUUAAAGUGAACAGCCAGGUGUACACCCUGGGCUGUGACUACUGCGGGCCAUUGGUAGAGAUUGCCCGGAGUAGAGGAUGUGAAGUCAUGGUAUGUGACAACCUUCAUCUCCCCUUUAGGGAUCAGGGCUUCGAUGCCAUCAUCUCCAUAGGAGUCAUCCAUCAUUUUUCUACAAAACAGAGAAGAAUCAGAGCAAUAAAAGAAAUGGCCAGGGUCUUAGUUCCUGGAGGCCAGCUGAUGAUUUAUGUUUGGGCCAUGGAACAAAAGAACCGGCACUUUGAGAAGCAAGAUGUGCUUGUCCCGUGGAACAGGGCUUUAUGCUCCCAGCUCUUCUCAGACUCCAGCCAGCCUGGGAGAAAACAGCAGUGUGGACAUCCGGAAAGAAGCCAUCCCUACCAUCCUCCUUGUUCUGUCUGUAGCUGCUCUGUUUGUUUUAAAGAGCAAGGUCAUUCCAAACGGUCCCACAGCAUGGACUAUGAACCAUUGAUGGCCAGAGCCUGUUGUGCAAAUAUCUCUGAGGAAGGAGAGGAAGAAAAUGGAUUCUAUAACACAUUCGGAAAAUCUUUUCGUUCCUGGUUUUUCUCUAGGUCUUUGGAUGAAUCAACUCUGAGGAAGCAAGUUGAGAGAGUGAGGCCCCUGAAGACUACAGAGGCUUGGGCCAAUAGCACCAUAUCGAUCCAGCCUUCCAGACACUCCAGUUUAGACUUAGAUCGCCAAGAGCCAUUGUCAACAAGACAGCAAACUUCAGAUGAAGAUGUGUUUGUGGAGCCUUCGCAAAAACAGUUGGAGUGGCUGAGAGCACCAGCCACAAAGAAACAUCUGCGUGGAGGCCAGCAAAGAGAAGUUAGGAGAAAUGGAGAUAGGAAUUUUCUGGAAAGCACCAACACCAAUGCGAAUCGUGUGAAUGCAGGUGAUGUAGAAGAAGGCGACCCUUCUAGUAAAAUACUGAGAAGGAUUUCUGCAGUCGACUCCACAGAUUCCAACCCAGAUGCCACAAUUUCUGUCGAAGAACAACAGCCCGACGUUUUGGAUCCCAGAGCCUUGAUGCGCUAUUACCAUGUGUUUCGAGAGGGCGAGCUCUACGGCCUGCUGAAGGAGAACGUGUCGGAGCUGCAUGUUCUGAGCUCCGGGAACGAUCAUGGCAACUGGUGUAUCAUUGCCGAGAAAAAGGACAACUGCGAUUGACCAGAUCAUGUUAGACAGUUCCUCCAAAAGAUGGACCAUGGUCUUUUCACAGGGUUUGGUAUGGUUACCUGAAUUUGCAUCCAACUUUAUUAUUUUUAAUGCAUUUUUACUUUGCUUUGUAGAGAUGAUGACUUGAUCAUCUUUUAAAUAUUUGGAUGAACACAGAGCCUGGCAUGUAAAGCAUUUGACAAAGGGUAUUCAUAAAUUAUUAAUAUAAAAGAAGCAGCAGUAUAAAAUGAACUUCAAUAUGGUGAGGAUUUUCUUUUCCCUGAAAGGCAAAGUUAUGAUAAAGAUACAUGUGUAUCAUUUUUCAGUAUUACACGCAGAUUCUAACAGAUUCUGGUUGUUGUCUUUUUUUUUUUUUUAAUUACUAUGUCAACUUACGACAUAUUAGUUUCAGGUGUACAACAUAGUGAUUUGACAAUUCUGUACAAGAUUCUCUUUUUAAGUAUACCUUUUUAGAACAGCAUUUUUAUAAUGAAGGGGGGUAAUUUCUGCUUCUCUGGUUAUACUUUAGAUUUGUCUGCAAGAUAACAGGUAAACCUUUUCCAUGGCAUGCAUGUAAAUUGAAUGAUGUGAUAAAUUAUUUUGUUGCCAAGGCUUUCCUCAUACUUCAGAAAAGCCAGAGAUGGUAGAGAGAGACAAGUUGUUAUGAGGACUUUUCUAAAUGGUAAGCAAACUUGCUUCCAAAUAUGUAAAUGACAAGGCUUUCAGUGUUGCUCAGAAGGUUUUUAAAGGCACCGUCAGCAGGUAGGGAGUGCUAUGUGUAGGUAUCAGAAGUUGUUGCAAGUACCCCAGUGGUAUCUUUCUGACCUUAUUCGAAGCAGGAAUGUCUACUUAGGAUAAGACCAAGAUUGACUAAGGAGUUUUCACCUAGAAUGAUACUUUUCUUAUGAACUGAAGGAAUAUUUAGGAAAUGAGAAUCUGGUUGAAGUGCUGUUUUAUUUUGGCUCUCAAUAUAAAUAGAUGGUUAAGGGGCAAGUUUUUGUCCUUGACAGAGGAUCUGUUGUUGGAUUUUUAAAAAUCUGGGCACUUAUCUUACUGCAAGCCACACUUUAUUAGCCAUAUUAGGGAUUUAGGCAGAAUUAAGUCCUACGAAUGAAAGACUGGGUUUCUGACACUGUAGACAAACAGAUUAGAUGUUGUAUGGUCACUACGCCUGUUCAGAUUUAACCUUGGGUCUGUUUAAGUCCAUGGGGGAUCAGGAGACAGAUAUAAUCAGGAGUCGACAUUUGACAGAAGCCUUUUUAAUUUAUGGACCUCUGUAACCCUGGACAAAAAUUCAAUUCUUGUUUUGUAUAACAUUUCAUCUGUCUUGGGUUCUUCUUCCUGCAGUGAUUGUGCUUCAUCUUGAAAUAACGAUACCACUUUCAAAGAAGCGUAAGGGAUUAUUUUUCAUGUUUAUCUGAAAAUGACUGAUGUAUAGAACUCUCUUUUGGCUCUAAAAUAAGACCACAUCAUCACCUUUUGGGUUGGUGAGGUUGUCUGGUAGAAAUGACACGUGGGAUUUGUAUUGUUCAGUGCAUAGUCUGCAUUGGACGGACAAUGAAAACAGACCUAGAAGUGGGAUAUAAAUUAAUUUAGUGUCUUCCAUUAAAUUAGGACAUUAAACAUGAGUAUAAGCGGUUUUCUUGGUAGAAAGAAAAUCUUCUCAGAGUUGGAGAAGUUCUUACAACGAAGGCUUGAUGGCCUUUUUAUUAUGAGUGGAUUUUUCCUCUCCCUGAAGCUUGUUGUCACAUGCAUCUUUAAUCCCAGGCUUCUGCUAGAAAUCUGCUUGAAGUCCUCUCUUUCUGGUGGUAGUGUGCCACUUAUACAGAACUCAGUUUAUCAGAGUGCACCAAAAAAGCUUUGCGCUAACCUGUGUGAGCGACCACCUACGCAUACACCCUUCUUUACGUAAGAGGAUUCUCUAGAAUGGUUCUUGAGAAAGAGUUUCACAUAAUUUUGACAGGAAUGUAAAUAAGAAGCCACUUAAUAAUAGCAAUCUUUUGUUCUUCAUCUGCUGAGCACAAGAAUUCUAUGCAUCCAGACAUUAUUUUGUAUGCAAAUACUGAACUCUGUGGCUGAUAACCUCUCUUUGGUAUAUUCAUGUGAAAAACACUCUUAACUCUAACUUCUGCCUUUGGAGAUAUAUACAUAUAUGUUGUUGAAGAGCCAAGCUAAUGUAAAUAUCAUAAUCAUUUAAAAAUCUUGCUCUUCAUUAAGGAUUGUCCUCCAAAGGAAAUACAAGUCAUAAGCGAGUGUAAGCAUACACAGUUUACUUACGAGUGUUCAGUCUGCCUUAACUUGCUUAAUUAUAAAUUUUGCUGCUCUAUCUGAAGUAAUAUGAAAACUUGGAUGCCAUUAUUAAUACUGUAUCAGUUUCUUUCCUGUUCACUGAUGGCCCUACAGAGUCCCACUAUCUGAAGUAACCGGAAAUGUCUGGGAGAUUACUGGAAGGUUCUUCCUUAAACACCUCUGCUGGCUUACUGAUGCCUCGCUGACCUAUCUAAGGAUUACAUGCAAACAGGCAAAUGAUUUGGGGUAAACUGCAUUAACAUGAGGGAAAGAAUACAAUCAAAAUAUCAUUAUCGUGGGAAUCAUGCGUGUGACCUAUGUAAAUUAUUUUUUAAAUUGUCACUAGAGUGUCAUGUAACUACCAAACCAUGCGAUGACUAUCUCAGAUUAUCUUAUUGGUCUGGUCUUCCUUACCUAUCACACUAUUCUGUGCAGGAUGGUGUAUGAUUCUUAUGUCUAGUUUUCCCUUCUGUUUCUUCCAAAUUCUAGAUGUCAGUCAAGAAUUCCUCUGUAUUUUAACUGACCAUCAAUUGAAUGGGCAAAACUUGGAGGUAAUCCAGAGAGAAAACAAUUCACAUGCAAAUCAUCCAGGAACAUUAAUGUCAUUGCCUAUUAAUGGCCACACAAAAAAAUAAGCACUGAUUUUUUUUUU